UUCAACUGUUGACCCAUCAUACGGAGUAGAACCGGACAGGAUGGCCGCCGCUCGCGCACGGGUGCUGCGCGAGCUGCCGGCAAGGUGCUGGACGAAAUGCCUCCGCCGCGCUUCCCCUUUCCCCUCCACCUCGCCCGCCGCCUCCUCGCUCUCCAGCCUCAGCCGUGCUUCCACGUCUCCCUUUCCGCUCGCCUCUCGCUCCCGGCGCCUUCUACACUCGCUGCCCUCGGCGGCGGUGCGCGUGCGCGUGCGCGCGCAGCUGCAGACGCGCUUCUUGGCGAGCGAAGCCGCGCGGGGCGGUGUCGGCGGGCGCGGGCCAGCAGCGGACAGCGAGGAGGAGGCGCAGGAGUGGGCGGUGGAGUGGGAGGACAGCGAGGACGACGGCUACGAGCCCGAGAUCGGCGACGGCGGGGACGGCGGCGGGGUCGCGCUGCGGGGCGUCGGUUGGGGCGAGCGUGCCCUCGUGGCGGCCGAGGAGGUUCUCGCCGGCCAUUUUGGGGAUGACAUCGCAAUGUUCGCCUUCAAGGUGUCGCCCAAGGGAUACGUCUACGUGCGCCUCGACAAGCUGACCGACGUGUACGGGUGCCCUGACAUCGAGGAAAUAGAGAAAUUCAAUAGACUCUACAAGCAGAAACUGGAUGAGAUCGUCGAAAGAGGCGAAAUAUCCCUGGACCUGGCACUCGAGGUAUCAUCGCCAGGCGCAGAGAGGCUUCUGAAGGUGCCUGAGGAUCUGGACCGCUUCAAGGACAUGGCUAUGAGGGUGCAGUACCUCGCUGAAGGCAACAGUGACCUUGCGUCGAAGCAGAGCCUGCUGAAGGACGGCAUCUUCUUGCUCGAGUCCGUUAACGCUGAGGCUGGGCACUGUGUUUGGAGGCUGGCAGAUGUGAAGGAAAACCGAGCAGAAGCUGGGAAGGGAAGGCCGCUGAACAGGAAACAGAGAGACUGGAGGCUGCAGACUUGCUUCACCGCAGUGAAGAAGGUGACCUUGUACUUGGACGCCAACUAGUAAAUCCGGGCCAGGAGGACUAUUAUGGCUUGUGAAAACUAUCCUAACCCUAGCAGAUUAUGUAGAAUAAGAAUGUUGGGUUUUCUUUAUAUAGAGUAGAGCUAUGUUGGUAGGCUGCACAAAUUGGAUAUCCAUGAAAUUGCUUUGCUAUGAGUUGCUAGUGCGAAAUUGACUGAUGUUUCUCACACUUGCAGUAUAAUGACACCUUUUUCUUU